ACACGCCAGCGCACACGUAAUGCGUUGAACAACCGUAACAAUGGGGUCGUCGUCAUUCCUCAUCCAAUCUCCGUCCAAUUAAAUUGCCGCCCUGACCUCCAUUUUCAUUUUCCAACGCUUAUCAAUCUCUUCUUUUUUCUCAUCGAAGCAAUUCUCAGCAAACAUCGCUACUCUUUCAGCACAUUAGACACCCAACUCUUCUGAAAAUGGAGCAGCAACACAUCAUUUAUAAUAUACCCGUCCUAUGGAGGGGAACAAAGUAUAUGGUGGAAAUCAGUUCAGAUUCUACUCUUAGAGACCUUGGUCAGGAGCUGUUAAAAAUAACUGAAGUUAAAGCAGAUACCAUGCGGCUCAUAGUCCCACAAUUUUCCAGCAAAAGCUCGAAAAUGUUAUACCCAUUUUCAGAUGAAGAUGGUUGCUUGGCACUGCAAAAGUUUUCCAUUUUUAAGGACAACAAGCCUAUCAGAAUGAUGGGAGUCUCUAAGAAUGAGGUAGAUGAAGUUUUGAACAAUGCUAAGAAAAAUGAACGAAUUGUUGGGUUCGAUGAAGAAGAGAAAAGAUUGAAACAACGAAUGUCGAGUAAGCCUCGGGGUGUGCUGAAACUACCAGAAGGGCCCUAUGUAUUUUGUGAAUUUCGGACACUUCAAAUUCCAGGAAUUGAGCUAAACCCUUCAGCUUCAGAAGCUUUGAAAAGAAUGCAUAUGCUUGCUGCUGACCCCGGUAUUGUUGCAAUCAUGAACAAGCAUCAUUGGCGCGUGGGAAUUAUGACUGAGAUGGCCCCUAUUGGCUAUGUUGGUGUGAGCCCUAAAUGUAUUCUUGGCUUUAACAAGAACCAUGGAGAGGAGAUAUCCCUGCGACUUCGUACAGAUGACCUGAAGGGCUUCAGAAAAUAUGAAAGUAUUAAGAAGACAUUACUCCACGAACUUGCACACAUGAUUUUUUCUGAGCACGACGCCAACUUCUAUGCUUUGGAUAAGCAGCUUAAUGAGGAGGCUGCUGCUUUAGAUUGGACAAGAUCGAAAAGCCACACUUUGACUGGAAUGAAGUAUUCCCAAUAUCAUGAAGAAGACGAUGUUGAAGAUGGUUUCGGUGUCUCUCAGAAGCUUGGUGGAAGUAUGUCGCAUCAGCUGGUUAAUGCCCGUGCAGCUUCAGUUGCUGCUGCUUAUCACCGUAUGACAAACACUUCAGAUUACAGUUCAGGAGUGCCUACAGUAAGUGCAGAGUCUAAUCCCAAUAGUUCUAAUCACCAAAACAAACUGGAGCCUGAUCCAGACGACAGUGCUUAUCCAAAGCUUGAUCCUGACUCGGAUGGCAACUCCAAUGAUCAAAACAUGCUUGGACUUGAUUCCAACAACAGUUCUAAUCAUAAGAGCAAGCUCGAACCUGCUUCUGAUGAUUCUAUAGGGAGCAAAAACUUAGAAUCUGAAUGUGAACCAAGAUUCAUUAAAAGCCUGGUAGUUCAAACAGAUUUGAGCAGCACAGAAGUGCAUCCUGUGCUAGCUACUAACAGCAGAUUGUUGGAAGCCACAAAGUUGUAUGGAGAACCAGAUAUUGAUGAUAUGGGGAGCUCUUCUAACAGUAAAGUAAUUGACACAGACCAUUUCUCUCAAGGAAUGCAAAACCUGGAUUGCAACACUUCCCAAAGAAUGGUAGUUGAAACUGAUCCAGAUGCCUUGGGAGAGAAAGUGAACACUUUGGGGUCUGGAAGGGCCACUGGACACAACGAGGCUGAUUGUUUAGAAGCUGGCUUAGUGACAAACCAAUCCCAUUUAAGCAUAAACUGUAAAAAGCAUGAUACCAUUCAAGGAGAGGAACCAAUGCUGAUAGAGCCUGACCCUGAUGAAGGCUUGGUACAUCAGGUGGAUUCUUCUAAAAUGGCUGUUGACCAGCUCGAUCCUGAUGACCAAGAAAUUCAAAGAAUACAAGACUCUGUUUCUGUUGUUUGCAACCGAUUGCGUGAGGCUAUCACAAAGCUGCUGGCUGAAGUUAAACCUUCUGAAUCUUCAGCAGUUGUUCAAACUCUGUUCAAGAUUGUUAAGAAUGUAAUUGAACACCCUGAUGAAAUGAAAUACAGAAAGCUUCGCAAGGCUAAUCCCAUUAUCCAAAAGAAUGUUGCCAACUAUAAAGCUGCAUUGGAGAUCCUGUUCUUGAUAGGUUUCAUUGAAGAUGCAUUGCUAGAUGAAAUAGGGAAGGCAGAAACAUUCCUUGUUCUGAAGCGUAAUGAUCCUGGGUUAUUGUGGCUUGCGAAAUCUACCCUUGAAACAUGCAAUGCCUCGUAGAUUGAAGAACACAUUCAACUGUAAACUAAAACGUGUACACUAUGUAUUAUAUAUAGUAUACAAGUUGGUUUAGACUACACAAUUCGGUAUUUGAACAAAGUUGUCUCCAUAAGCAUGUUUAUGCAAAUAAGAUGAGGGAGGGUUGUAUGUAAGUGUUGUUUCCGUGUGCUAUUUGAUUUUAAUUUUUGUUCA